AACCAAAGUUUCUGUCAACUUCUGCUUUGUCAUUUAGUCUUGAAGACACAAAAGCUUUGAAUGUGAAAUUCGAUGGCUCAGAAGAUCCAAACAGUGUGAUUCCUGGUCUCAAUGACAUGAAUGAUACAGAAAUUCCUACCAUGUUACUUCUUCCUAACAUCUCAAAAACGGAUUUUGGACUAGAUGUAGAUGAGAUUGAUCAUCUCGAGCUGUCUGAUGAUGCUAAAUCCUUCUUCUUUCAUAUGUCAAAAAUGGUAAAAAAUGAAGAUGCUGUUUCGGGCACCUCUGAGGCAAAAACCGAUACCGUUGUUAUGACAAUAUUGACUAGUCUGGCAAUAGUAUGGCCACUAAACAUCUCUCAACAUCCUUUACUUUCUUUUACCAUUAAAGAACGUAAAAUCAAAGCUAAUCCAGAAUUCACUAUUUCAACACGUAAUAUCAGCAUUGUCAUUGUAGAAGAUAAACACCUACGGAAUAUAUCAGUUGACAAUGGCUGUGGUGAACCACAGAUUGCAGCAGAACUUUUGGCAGCUGCAUAUGAAAAUCGUCAAAAGAAUGUUAUGGGAGAUCAAGUGCUUUUUGCUGUUCG